CUUUAUGGACACCGCGACGUUUCUUGGGUUAAAAGAGACACUGGGGUUUAUUUACAGACGUUUGCUGGCUCUUCUUACGUAGUCGACGACAUGUAUUUACAGCUUCGGUCCAGAAGCAGAUUUCUCGACCUUCAUUUGACCAGCGGUUUACACGACUGGGACAUGAACGAGGAAAUAAAGUUAACGACGACGACCGAUCAGUUCUAUCACGAUGAUAAGCGGACCGACCAGUACCUGGCGCAGUGGCACUACGCGCGGAUCUCCAGGAGAUCUCUCCCCGACGCGGAGCAGAGGAGCGGCCGCCUGCCCCUCAGCAGCGGAGAGCCUGAGGUACAACCUAACCUGUGGCUGAUGGUGAAUCCCAGUUUAGCCUGCCCCAUAAAGUACCCCAGUGUUCACCCCAAAGCCCCAACACCCCCAAAACCGACUGCCCAGUCAGCGCUGCCAAGAACCGCCCCACCUGUUCUGGAACACAGUCUGCGCCCAGCGAUACUGCCUGAUGAGACCUGCCUGAAUGAGUCAACGCAUGAAACCUCCCUCUCCAGCGAGUAUCAGUUCACAGACGAAGACGACGCUUCCUCUGUAGAUGUGCCCGUCUGUCGUAAGGUGAAGGGUGUGCGGAAGGGAAGGACUCCCAAAGCGUCUACCCGCAAACUGGGUCUGACGCAGAACAGAAGGCUUCAGAGAGCCCUGCAGGACAGUUUGAACCUGAAGAACGGAGGAUGGCCUCGGCCUCCCGUGAACUACUGCAUCCUCAUUGCGAUGGCGCUCAGCAGCAGCCGCAACGGCAGUCUUAACGUGCAGCAGAUCUAUAACUUCACCAGAGAGCACUUCCCCUUUUUCCUUACAGCUCCAGAUGGGUGGAAAAACACAAUCCGCCAUAAUCUGUGUUUCAGCAACAGUUUUAAAAAGACCCCGCAGCAGGUGUCCGGAGACGGCAAGAGGAAGUCGUGUCUGUGGCACCUGACCCUGGAUGGCCGACAGAGACUGAGAGAUGAGAUUAACACCCUUACGGGAGACUCCUUCAGAAUGCUGAAGAGGAGCAUGAACUACCCAGAUAUGAUUCAAGCACUGUUAGAGCUGUGAUCCGACUUUGACCCCUACGACCUCUUCAGGCUGGACAAGUGGACCUGCUCUCAUUUGAUUUUCUUUCUGAAACUGUGAAUGUUAGCACUUUCUGUUAUUACUAUUCUUGUGUAACACUUUCUUUUUGUGUGUCUGUCACUCUUAUUUCUUCAAUGACGCAUUGUGCCUUAUAAAAUAAACAAAUGCAUUAA